GAACGAGAGCAGCAGAGGACCCCAGAGCCAUGGGGUGCACUCGAGACGCCAUCCUGGACGCACUGGAGAACCUGACUGCAGACGAGUUCAAGAAGUUCAAGCUGAAGCUACUUUCAGUGCCCCUUCGCGAAGGCUAUGGGCGCAUCCCACGGGGGACACUGAUGUCCAUGGACGCCAUGGACCUCACAGACAAGCUCGUCUCUUCCUAUCUGGAAGAGUACAGCGCAGAGCUCACCAUGAUCGUGCUGCGUGAGAUUGGCAUGCAGGAGAUAGCAGAGCACCUGCAGAUCAAGUGCAAAGGCCCCGCUCCAGGGCCUGCUGGGAUCCAGGACUACCAGACUGGAACCAAGCCAGCACCGCACUUCGUGGACCAGCACCGGGCAGCCCUCAUCACACGCGUCACAGACGUGGAAGCGGUGCUGGACGCCCUGUACGGGAAGGUCCUGUCAGACGGGCAGUAUGAGGCAGUGCGGGCGGAGUCCACCAACACAAUGAAGAUGAGGAAGCUCCUCAGCUUUGCUCCAGCCUGGGACAAGACCUGCAAAGAUCAGCUCCUUCAGGCCCUGAGAAACACCCACCCCUACCUGGUGGCAGACCUGGAGAAAAGCUGAGGUGUCUCCCACAGCAGCAGCCCCACACAGAUUCUGGGGCAGUUCCAGUCCACUCACCCAAAUCUGACUUUUUUAUAUACAAUAUAUGAAAAGCCA